GUGUGGUGUGGUGUGGUUUGGUUUGCUAGCGGCGGGCGGGGAAGAGUUUGGGCAACGGCUGACCCGAAUAUCCAGGGGGAAAAAAAACCCCAAACAAACUUGGAUGAAAGUCGGGGUUAGGGGUUGCCCGAGCUAGCCUCCUACACCUGUACACCGCCGCUUGUUCCGCCUCAGUCGGUGCUGGACAGCUCGUCUAAUGUCGGAUUUCAAGCUCGGGAUUGUUCGCCUGGGCCGUGUGGCCGGGAAGACAAAAUACACCCUUAUUGAUGAGCAGGAUAUACCACUGGUGGAGAACUAUGCCUUUGAGGCACGCAUGGAGGUCGACGCCGAUGGCAACGGAGCAAAAAUCUUUGCAUACGCCUUCGAUAUAAGCAAAGGCCGGUGGGCAGGUCGACCUCUGCAUGAAUUACUCUGGGAAAAGCACAGAGGUGGCAUUGCUCCUAGCUUCCAAGUCGUCCAUAUAAACUCUGUCACGGUGGACAACCGUCUUGACAACUUGCGCCUCGUUCCUGUUGGUUGGACUCCCAAACCGGAGGAGCUGUCUAGCAAACAAAGGGAGCAGUCGCUGUACUGGCUGGCCAUCCAGCAGGUUCCAGCUGAUCCGGUGGAGGAGCAGUACCUGGAGCUGGGACGCACACGUUACUACAACGCCAAUGGAGAGCUGGUGGAGGAGGAGGAGUGUUCCUGCACUUACUAUGAGUGUCACUACCCCCCUUGCUCACUCAUUGAAAGGAGGCUGCGAGAGUUCAACAUCUGUGGUCGCUGUCAGGUGGCACGCUACUGCGGCUCGCAGUGUCAGCAGAGGGAUUGGCCAGCCCAUAAGAAGCAGUGUCGCGAACGCAAGCGGGUCCUGGCCCUGGAGUCUGAGCCCGAGCGGUGAUCCCCCGAACCCCCGUCACUCAAACAUGGGGUCAGAGGGGGGACUGUGGGACGGGACUUGCAAAGAAACGCAAACACAACAACGUUUAAAAAAAUAAAAAAUUAAAAAAUCUACUGACUGACUAACCGAAUGGGUGACACGUUGGUAGGUAAGGCAGGCCUGUUGGGUGCGGGGAGGGGGGGGCAUGAAAAGCCUUUUUUUGCUUCCCAAACUUUGGCAUUUCCUUGGCUUGUUAUGGGGGGAUUUUUCUUUUCGAGGGAGAUCAAUAAAAGGCUGCUGCUAUGGAUGUGUGUUUUGUGAAGAAAAACACCACGCCAUCAUGACUUCCUCUGUAUGGACUGUCGAGAGUUCAUAAGCUCACUCCUUCCUUCCAUUCUCACGCCCGUCGUGAAGUGUUUGCCGCUGGGCUCGAGGAACACGCCUGCUGUAGAAAGAGACGGAAUAACGGACCUCUUCACUGUACUUUUCCUCUCCCGGUUGGACUUCCUGUGCACGUAAAUGUGCGCACGCCCGUUUACCUGCCGUAUCCUUCCCCAGGUGUGCAGGAAAGGACUGUGCAAAUUCACACUACCAGUAUUGUAUGUGUGUAUGUAUGUGUGUUUGCGCGCGCGCACGUGCCAUGCCAUUAUCGACUGAAGUAAUAGAAUUUUUCUCUAUUCCAGUGACUGGUGGAUGGACUGAUUAGGGAAGAGUCAUUACUGAACCUGGGGGAUGAUGUCACUUUUUGUUCCUGUGGCAGAUUUCUGAAAUUGCUCGCAGUGCUGCAUUAAAAAUCCCAAUCGCCUUCCAUUAAAUAACGUUCACGCUCUGUCACUAGCAUUCGGAUUUAAGGGAUGUCCUGGGCUAAAGGAAAAAAAAAACUUGAAAGUACACAAGUUGUCUAAUGUAUUGAACAUCCACGGUCAUCGUUCUGCAAGUUGACGCUUGGGUUAAUUGUUUGUCAAACCUUCUUGUCCAGUGUAACAUCUGUAACUUCCCUUUUUUGUGUGCGUGUGUGUGUGUUUUGUAGAAACCUGAACCUUAAAAAAAAAAAACACCCGACAAAGGCAUACAUGCACACAUGUUUAAAGUGUGUCUUCCUCUUAAAUGUAAGGCAACUUUAUCGAACUGUAAUGUGCUGCGCACAGACAUGCACACAUCUUGCAUGUAUUGCAGGUAUACAUGCUAUUUGUUGACAGUUGUGUACCAAUGUGUUUAUUUAUCCAGAUAGGGUUGAACACUGUGCACUGAAUAUCCUCACUUUCAUCUUUGACAUGUGGGCGGGGAGAUUACAGAACGAUUGCGUAAGGGGGCAGGGGGUUUUCGUUUUUUUUUUUUUUUUCCUUUUUUAAUUUUAUUAAAUACAAGAAUUACAAUACGCUUUAAAAUGUGUAAAAAUAAAUCUACAUGAGGGGCGUAAUGUUCGCGAUAUCAACUAUUGUCACUGUAAAAUAAAUAAAGUAUGAUGUGCGAAAAGUAUGUUUACAGGAGAGGAGUGUGUCUAAAAGGUUGGCGUUUUUACUAAAUGUAUAGAAAUCUCGGAUUAGAAUGAAAGCAACAUCUCACAGUCUCUUUCACACACUUUCCUCUGCCCAGUUUUGGAAAAGUUUAAAACAAAGAACAGGCAGUGUAUUGACUAUGCUUCUGAUGUUUUGAUCUUGAUUUUUUUUUUUUUUUCUGGUUUUGUGGCAAGUGGUAGCUCAGUGAUUUAAGGUUCUGUGUUAAUGACUAGAAGGUUGUGAGUUAAAUCCCCAGAAUGCCACAAAGGCAAAACCGAACAUAGCACUUGUCCCUAUCAGAUUGGAUUCUCCUUUUAUUUAUAAUUCAACAUGCAUAAAUGUGUAUUUUAAUCCAGAUCAAAGUCAAUAAACCUUGCUCCAAAGGAGAACUUUA